AUGUGGAAUGAAAAUAUGACGAAAUUCAGAGCAAAAUUUCUUUCCUCAGUCUCCGCCGAAUUAGCAUCUGCGCUUGCUCUUACUCUGCUAACGAUCUCAGGCAGCGCUCAUGCAGACAGAGUUCAAGGCUUUGAUAGAUUCAAGUUUGGAAUGACUGUGGACGAAAUCCGCACGGUUGGUCCAGGAUGCCAGUCCAUGCUCUGGAAGAGCCCUAAUUCCAUCUCCGCUUGGUGCAAGGGUAUCCGCACUCCCUCCGGUGGGCCGGAAUUCUUUCUGGACGCAAACUCAAAGCGACUGAAUGGUAUUCGGAUCGAUAUUGCCGGACCAGCAACAGAAGGCGACGCAAGGGAUUUGCUUAGUACGCUGAACAAAAAAUAUAUAAAAUCAUAUAACUUGAGCGAAAGCGACAUACCUGCGUAUUUUUCGGAUCGCAGGUCAGACGUUAUCCCCAUUGGAGCCUGGCAGGAUUAUGGCGUUGUGCUAUUUGCAUAUCGCUAUGGACCGGCUAGGCAAUAUGUUGGUAUUUAUGCCAUGUAUUACUCUGACAGUGCGGCAGAACGGAUUAAGCAGAGGCUAGCUCCCUUGAUCCGUGAAAGGAGCGGUGGCGGCAUUGAUGCCUCAAAAUAUUAA